AUGGCGUCCACGAAAGCCGCCCGCAUCGGCGAAGAUGUAUGGAAAACGCGAGUCGACAAAGUCAACGCCGAGCUCGUGACGCUGACGUACGGCACGAUCGUGGCGCAACUGUGCGCGGACUUCGAUGCGGACUACGCGGAGGUGAACCGGCAGCUGGACAAAAUGGGGUACAACAUCGGGGUGCGGUUGAUCGAAGACUUCCUCGCGAAGUCGGGGACGGCGGCGUGCGCGAACUUUCGGGAGACGGCGGAGAUGAUUGCGAAGGUCGGAUUCAAGAUGUUCCUGAACAUCACACCCCCCAUCACGAAUUGGUCGGGCGACAACAAGCAGUUCUCGCUGAUAUUCGACGAGAACCCUCUGGCGGACUUCGUGGAGCUGCCGGACGAUGGACGGGCGCAGGAUGAGCUGUGGUUCUCCAACAUCCUGUGCGGCGUGAUCCGAGGGGCACUGGAAAUGGUGCAAUUGCAGGUGGAGGCGCAUUUCGUGAGCGAUGUGUUACGGGGGAACGAUACGACGGAGAUGCGGAUUUCGUUGAUUCGGAUCAUUGAUGAUGAGAUGCCUCCAGACGAUGAGUGA